UCUGUCUUCUUUUUCUCUGGUGGAGACAUGGGGAAAGGCUUCUACAUCAGCAAAGCGUUGGGCAUAGUCUGUGUGGUCGCAGCCAUUGGUGCUGUGGCCACCAUCAUAGCUCUGUCUGUGGUAUACGCUCAGGAGAAGUCAAAGAAUGAAGAGGCUCUGCUUCCAUCCACUAGCGACCCCGGGGCCACUACUCUCCCACCCACAACGCCUUCAGCGCCAAAGGAGCCCUGGGACCACUACAGACUCCCAGACACCCUCGCUCCUCUCACCUACAACGUGACCCUGUGGCCCCGGUUGGAGCCAAACAAACACGACCUGUACAUCUUCACUGGACACUCCAAGGUGGUCUUCCGAUGUGUGAAGGAGACCGACCUCAUCCUCAUCCACUCCAACAAGCUGAACCUCACCGCCUUAGACGGGGGGUACCAUGCCACACUUACAGGCCUCGAUGGAGCCACUGCACCCGGCUUGAAAAAGACCUGGCUGGAAGUUCCCACCGAGUACCUGGUGAUCCAGCUCGACAGCCCGCUGCAGGCCGGCAGCAAGUACGAGCUAUUCACUGACUUUGUUGGAGAGCUGGCUGACGACCUGGGAGGAUUCUACAGGAGUGAAUACAUAGAAGAUGGUGUGAAAAAAGUUGUGGCCACGACUCAAAUGCAGCCAACGGACGCCAGGAAGGCCUUCCCCUGCUUCGAUGAGCCGGCCAUGAAAGCUGUCUUCUACAUAACUCUCAUUCACCCCAACAACACUGUGGCUCUGUCCAACGGCAUGAACCUCGACCCUGUUAACGUCACUAUGGACGGCCAGCAUUUACUCCAGACGAGCUUUGAACCCACAAAGAUUAUGUCAACCUACUUGCUGGCUUUCAUUGUGUGUGAUUUUGGAUUUGUUGGGACAGAACCAACUGCAGAAGUUUUGGUCAGAAUCUGGGCUCGCAAGAAGGCUAUAGAGGAGGGCCAGGGAGACUACGCACUGGAGAAGACUGGACCCAUACUGAAAUUCUUUGAGAACUACUACAAGUCUAAAUACCCGCUGAGCAAGUCAGACCAGAUUGCUCUUCCCGACUUCAGCGCUGGAGCCAUGGAGAACUGGGGCCUGAUCACCUACAGAGAAACUGCCCUCUUAUAUAAUCCUCUUGCAUCGUCCAAUGGAGAUAAGGAGUGGGUGGCAACAGUCAUCUCACAUGAGCUUGCUCAUAUGUGGUUUGGGAACUUGGUGACUACAAGGUGGUGGAACGACCUGUGGCUCAACGAGGGCUUUGCCACCUACGUCUCUUAUCUCGGAGCCGACUAUGCUGAACCAUCGUGGAAUAUGAAAGAUUUAAUAGUUCUGAAUGAGAUCGUUGGUGUGAUGGGUGUGGAUGCCUUGGCCUCCUCCCAUCCCCUGUCAUCCAAAGAAGAGGACGUGCAGAGGCCAGAGGACAUCAGUCAACUGUUUGACUCCAUCACAUACAGCAAGGGCGCUGCAGUCCUCAGGAUGCUCUCAGAGUUCAUCACUGAGAAAGUCUUUUCCGAAGGACUCGCUACAUACUUAGAGGAGUUCAAGUACAAAAACACAGUCUACACAGACCUCUGGAAGCACCUGCAAAUGGCAGUGGAUAAAAAUGGCAUAAAGCUGCCCCACUCUGUGGAGGUUAUCAUGAAUCGCUGGAUCCUACAGAUGGGCUUCCCAGUGGUCACCAUUGACACCAAGACCGGACACAUCACCCAGAAACACUUCUUGCUGGACCCAGAAUCUGUAGUGGAAACACCCUCAGAGUUCAAGUAUGAGUGGUUUGUCCCCAUGACGUGGAUUAAGACUGGUGGAGUCGAACAGCAGUACUGGCUUCUUGACAAAGAAGCUACAAACGCAGAAAUGGCACUUGGUGCUAACGACUGGUUGGUGGCCAACAUAGAUAUGAAGGGUUUCUACAGAGUCAACUAUGACUCAGAGAACUGGGAACGUCUCCUCAACAAACUGAGCACCAAACAUCAGGACAUUCCAGUGAUCAACCGAGCUCAAAUUAUCGAUGAUGCUUUUAACCUCGCUAGGGCAAAGAUGGUGAACACAACCCUGGCUCUGAGGACCACCAAGUUCCUCGAUAAAGAAAUGGAAUACAUGCCCUGGGAGACAGCCACUCGCAAUUUGAACUACUUCUUCCUCAUGUUUGAUCGCAGCGAGGUGUAUGGACCCAUGCAGGCUUACAUAAAGAAGCAGGUCACUCCUCUGUUCAACCACUUUGAAAAGCUCACUGCCAACUGGACCAAGAUCCCAGAUAAACACACCGACCAGUACAACCAAGUGAAUGCAAUCUCCUUAGCCUGCAGCACUGGGGUGGAAGGCUGUACGGAGCUGACCACAGGCUGGUUCAAAGAGUGGAUGAGCGACCCAGCUAACAACACGAUUAGUCCCAACUUGAAGACCACAGUGUACUGUAGUGCGAUUGCAGCAGGAGGAGUGGAUGAGUGGGACUUUGCCUGGUCCAUGUAUGAGAAUGCCACCAUCGCCUCAGAAGCUGAUAAGCUCAUGUAUGCUCUGUCAUGCACCAAACAGCCCUGGCUGCUCAACAGGUAUCUGGAGUACUGUCUGGACCCAACGAAGAUCCGUAAGCAGGACGCCACCUCCACCGUUGUUUCUAUUGCUGGUAACCCCAUCGGUCAGCCUCUGGCAUGGGACUUUGUCAGAGCCAACUGGGACCAUAUAGUCAAUGACUAUGGUGGAUUCUCCUUUGGAGGACUAAUUAACGGAGUGACCAAACGAUUCUCCUCAGAGUUUGAGUAUAAGCAGUUGCUGCAGUUCAAAGAAGACAAUGCAGGGUCACUGGGAACAAGCAGCGCGGCACUUGAGCAGUCACUGGAGAGAACCAAGGCCAACAUGAACUGGGUGGCCAUGAACAAGGACCAGGUGUUGGAAUGGUUCACCUCAGAAACGUCUUCUCCAGUUUAACACUCAGCAGAUUACUCUACUGACUUCUACUGACUCUACCUGAAGCCAAAUUUAUUCUUAUAAAUGUUAUGAAUGUGACAGAGCUUGUAAAGUUUUGAUUAAACCUUUUUAUGACUAUUUGAUACCAAAAUCAGGUUUUAUAUGAGGACAUGUUUUAAUAUUGUAUGUACUGUCAAUAUUUGAGAGAUUUUUUAUAGGAAUUUCACAACACAAAUGUGUGAUGUUCUAUAUCACUGUAUAUUUUUGCAUCCUCUGUGGAUGC